AAGUUUAACUCGAUAGCAGCGAUGGAAACAAAAAGACAAGGUAAAGUAGAGACAAGAACAGCAGUUGUAAAAACUAGAAAAAAAAUCACUACAACAAUUACAAACUACUAUAUUUCACGUCUUCAAGAAAAGGAAACGUCUGCUCAAUCCGGAACCACCGGAGAGACGGCUCAGUCAGUCUGUGAGGAUGGAGACGUUACAGAUGAAGGACAGGAACACCGUCUCCUCCUUGAGACUGACAAGUUGUCCAUGGAGCACGGUUUGGAAAACUUGUCCGGGUCAACUGAAGACAUCACAACAUGCAAAGAUGGAAACUCGAAUUACAUCACAUGGACAGUCGAUAUUGUCCUUGCUGUCCCCAAAGAGGAAGAUGUUGACGUCCCUGAAGCUCUUGAAAAAACGAAGAAGAAAACCAAAGAUUCCUCCACUGUUUCAGUGAAAGGCUUUAAAGCCCAGAGCUGCUAUCAUGUUGAAUACAAGCUGUUGCCGGGCGACACAGAGACAGUCAAAGUGGACCUGGUCGUGUUUGGACAAGUGGCAAAAAUGUACAAAGAAGACGAGUUCAAGAUCCUGAGAACAUGGCAUGAAGGAGAUCAGCUCUGGGUUGGUUGGACCCAGAACUUUGAGGUCAGAGUGGACAGGGAGACGCUGAUCAGUCUGCUUCCUCAUAAGAUCCAGCUCCAGGUCUGGAACAGUAAGGACAAACUGUGCAGCCUGGCCCGCUAUGAGAGGCUGAAGGCGUUCAGGUGGACCCAGGACCAGCCUGACGAUGCACCAGAGAUGUGUGGUGGUGGUAUCAAGGCGUUGGUUAACAAACUGAGAUCCUCAUGUGAGAGGAACACGUGUAAAAAGCACAGAGGAGAGAAACUGUUGAAUUCAGAGGUUGGAACAGAAACAGAUUUUCAAAAACCCACCGUUGAUGCAUUUGAUCUUGACGAGAUGAAGAAGAACGGCACUGCCUUGAUGGAAAUCAGACUUGUUUGUUUGUUAGCAGGUGAAACCUCGUUGACUGAGCGCUUCCCGGUCCGUUCAGCGGGUGUAUUUGAGGUCAUGUGCAACGUCUCUCUGGAGAGGGAGUUAAUGUCGGAGGAACUAAAGGCUGAACUCAACCCUCUGGUCAUCACUAUUCUGUCCGCCACCUCAAUGCCUUCAUCCCCCGUCUCUUUCCACAUCCUACAGGAUAAGUGUGUGCCUGUCUAUUGCCAGUACAAGUUCCACAACGUGAACAUGUACAGGACAGAGAAUCACGAGCACGGCACAAAGAUCUUCUUCAGAGACGUGAAUGUGAUCCUGACGGGCCUGAUGAGACCUGAAGAGCUCAAAGAGUUCCUCUCUGGUCCGCCUCUAGAGAUAGAAGUCCAUGAUCGUGACAGAAAGUUGGAAGAAACCCCAAGAACUCCAACAAUGUUGUGCGCAAGGUCAGAUGACGACAUCGGAAAAGCGAAAAAGGCGGCCAUAAUGAACUCCUACGGUAUUGCAAACUUGAACUUCUCAGAGCUGCUGCUUGGGAAGAAAAGUCUAAAGAUGCAACUACAAAUCAAAAGCUGCCCUCCAGGGAACAGGAAGAUGCUAAACACAGCUGAUCAGCAGCUGCCGAUGCCACAAGGCCAUUAUGUUGAAGCCAAUUCCCUCCUCAAAGUCGAAGUUGAGAUAGCUUGUCCGCUUAACGUUAAGAACGACAGCUUUGAACCACAGUCUUGUGACGGUCCUCCGUUUGGGCGCAUCGUCUAUCUCUUUGAUUACAACAACUUCUCUUUGAUGACCAAGCUGAGGUCGGAAAUCCUCCGAAUCAACGCCUCAGCUUUCCAUCUGGGCUCUCGCUCGCUGGAAACUGCACAGCAAGCCCUGUCGAAUUACAUAAUGAAUUUCAAGAACGACGAGAGCGAGGACCUGGAUGCUGUUACGGGAUUCCACGUGUCGGAUCAGAGGGUGCAGAUCUUUGUUCUCGAGGGGCUGAAACAUAAAGCGGUGAAGAGACUCUGGGAGGCUGUUCCUAUGAAGCUAAGUGGCAGUGAGGAGGAUCAGGUGAUAGUCCUCUACAACUCAAACCUGGGUUUCUUCAAGCGCAUCUACGACUCGUUGGAUGUGGGUCUGUGUCCUAUCAGUCUGUGUAAGUCUCUAGAGAGCAUCAUGAGACAGCCCAUGAUCUACAUUAGAGGAAUGCUCCCCCAACCCUGCUUCCAAGCUCUGCUAAGGUUAGUGACGUUACCUUAA